UAGAGUGCAAGCAUGGCCAGCAGAACUUGUAGAAGGAGCCCUGAAAUGACUAUGUGGAUUUGGCUUACUUUCAUUCUUCCGUCCACUUGUGGACUCAGUGUUAUCAGCUCAGUGUCUCACUAUCAUGCAGUUAAAGGUGUUAGUGUCAACCUUGGAUGUGAUUUUACACUGGCUCCUGAGGAGUUGGGUCUUUUGGACAUCAAAUGGACCUUCAGGCCUCCGGAUAGUCAAGAAAAGCUCCUCCUCUGGUAUGAAGGACACUCAGUAGUAGACCUUAGUGGCAGCAAAGGGAGGAUCCACUUUGAUAUGCUGCAUCCUCAAGGUGGUGAUGCUUCAUUAAUCUUACAGAACCUUAAGCUUGCAGACACAGGCACUUACCGAUGCAAGGUGAAGACAUCCACUGGAGUUGAAAGCAGUACAAUGCAGCUGACAGUGAUAAAGGAGGUACCUAAGCCAGAAUGUGGUGUCUCUGGUAAUGCCACGGUCGGCAACGAUGUGACGCUGCGCUGCGGGUUCCCGGAAGACACAGAGUCCCGGGGCUUCUCCUGGAAGAAAAUCUCUGGAGAUGGGAUGUUUCCCCGCUUCUCAUCUGUGGACAAGACUCGAGGAGACUUGUAUAUCAAAGACUUGAAAACAAGGGAUGCUGGAACCUACCGCUGCACAGCUGGAAGUCCUUUCAGUGUGGAGCACUGUGAUGUUAUCCUCCAGACAAAACCGUCUAAAUCCACGGCGUCAUCAGUGGUUACUCCAAAUGUGAUUUUCAUCGUCAAUGUCAUCAUCAGUAUCAUUAUCCUCAAUAUCAUAGUUAUUAUUGGUUGCGUCCGCAGAAUAAAACGUAGAAAUAAAACUAUGGCGGUUACAUGUCUUCCACACGAGGACUUUGCAGAGGUAAUUAUCUGCUAGAUUCCAGUUUGCUCAUGUUAAAGGGGACAUAAUAUGCAAAAUCAA